GAUUGCCGAAGAAAAUUAAAAGGGCGACAUCUGCGAUUCUUGGGACAUGCAAGUCCUUACACGUGAAAUUGUGUUUUAAUUUUAUUCGGUGUUAAAGUGUUAAAUUUUUAUUGUAUUUGCUAUCGCGAUAAAGUCAGUGUUUCCAAGUUCGUAUUCUGUUCAUUAUCAGCCACGAUGCCGCGAAAAACUCCAGUCAAAGAACUCCAAAAGGAAGAACCAGUGGUCAGUUCCCCUCUCCGAAGAUCAACUCGAUUAAGUACCAGUUCACCAGUUCCAACGAAAGUCAUAACUAGAAGAAAUUCAGCUAGUGAAGCAACAACUUCAACUCCGAAAGCAACUAGAGGUAGACGUUCUUCGUUUAGUCAGGAAUUGGAAUCAAACAAGGAAAAAUCAAUAACUAGAAAAGGUUCUGCAUCAUCAAGUGUUGAAAAUGACGAAAAGCCAGUUGCAAGACCUACAACUCGAAGCUCUUCUGUUACAAAAGAAAUAACGACAGAAGUCAAAAGAACAACAAGACGUCGAAGAUCCGUUACUGAUGAUGCAGAUGUUGUUGAAGAUGAGCCCACAACAAGAAGGACUCGUUCUCUGUCACAGAAUAACAGCGUCGAUGAUUUGAAACUUUCAACUAGAAAACAGUCCUUGAAGACAUCUGAAAUACCUGUUGCUACUCCAACAAAAAAAUCGCCUUCCAAUGAACCCGUCAACACAAAUUUGGAGUCAAUUGCCGAAGAUGAACAUUCAGAAGAGGAUGAACCAGUUACAAUAAAAAAGAACUUGAAGCCUGAAAGUACUAAAUUAGACCUUGAUUUGAGCGUCAUCAACGAGGCUAGUUUAACAGAAGAAGAUCCAAGUCCAGAGAAAAAACGAAAAACUGAAGAAAAAGAACAAAACAAAGUCUUGAAUGUGUCUCAGGAAAAAUCCGAGGAACCAACAGCCACCAAAGAAACAACUCCUGUUAAAGGAACCGGAGAAAGCGACAAGUUUGAGACGGAUUCUGACCAUUCAUUCACUCUGCAGCUUUCCGUGUGUGAAAACAGCGAUAAAAACGAAACAAAUACCGAUCCCAGCAACAAGGAAAACGUCAAUCCUAAAACCCCAUCUCAAGACAUGGAUUUUGAACCGAUGGAUGUUGAUGACGCAGAAAUUGACUGCUUAUUUACCGAAGCUCAGGGGAAGUUUAACAGUUCGGAAAAUCUUUCACGCGAAAAUGAACCACUUUCUGAUGCAAAAAAAGCCGAAAACCUUGCUGAAGCCAAGAAGGAAUUGAACGAUUCAGUUAUGGAACAAGAAAAAAUUAACAGCCCAGUGAAGAAAGAACUGAACAAGUCAAAAAUUAACACACCUGUGACGAAACAAUUGAAUGAAUCAAGCACUGAAAAAGAAAAAAUUAUCACCCCAGUGAAGAAAAUCGAUACUCCUGUUAAGCAAGCCCAUGAAACUAAGUUAGAAACUGUUGCACUGGAAGAAAAAAUCUCUCCUAAAGAGGUACCGAAAGUUAACGGUGUUGAAGCAAUGGAAGAAAUUUCUCCAACUACAGAACUACAGAAUCAAUUAAUGAAAGAGAGUCCUGAUAAAGAAUCCAGCAAACAGGCUGUUGUUAUGCUUGAAGAUAUAGGACUUCACCCAGAGAAAAAAAAUACCACUCCAGCCAAGCAGGCUGUUGUUAUGCUUGAAGAACUGACACCAAAAGAGAAAGUGUCCAAAAAGUCACUAGAAACACCGGCUAGAAGAAGUCCUAGAAUCAAUUCGCCACUCGAAAAAAUGGACAAAAUGCUCACACCUAACAAACAGACAAGUCCUGUCAGGAAAACACCUACAGAAAAUAAGGAAAGUCCUGAAAAUAAAGUGAAUGAUAAAUCCGCUGCUAGUCCCAGAAUCGACUCUCCUAAAAGUAAAAAAAUAAACACACCCGUGAAACCACUUGAACAGGAAGGACAAAAGGGAAGGAGUCCAUCUCCCAAGAAAACACCCAUAAAAAGUAAAGUAACUCCCGAAAAGGGUUCUGCUCCAGAAAGUGUCACAAAAGAAGAACGUUCUCUGAAGGCAACUCCAAAUAAAGAAUCAGGGGACGAUAUCAGUGAUAGUUCAGUUACACCAGGAAAACCAAAUGUUUCAGAGAAGGAAAAUUCCCUUGUGAACGAAAAGCCUGAUGGUUGUGAUCAAUCGUUUAAAUCAGACAUCACCGAUAAAGAAGCUGAGAAUGAAACCGAAAAAUCUCAAGAAGUGAUUGAAAACAAGCAAGUGACUCCAAGCAAGGAACAAGAAUUUGAAGCCGAGUCAGAAUCUGAAGAGGACUACGCGUCACCAGUGAAAAAAAUGCGACAGUACAACAGCGUGAGCGACGAUGAAGUGUUUACAUCAAAAAAUAAAAGUUCAUCAGACAGUAUUUUCGAAAGAUCGAUCGAUUCUAAAUAUGCCUUCAUCCAGCGUAAGGCAGAACCUGAACAAAAAGACGUUCUUCCCAUAGAAGUGAGCGACAGUGAAGAAGAAACCUCUACAAGCGGUGAAGAGAAGGAAAAAGAUGGGGAAAAUAAAAAUAAACCCGAAAUUUCGGUCCUGUCACAGAGUGUGUGCAGACGCUCGUCAGAUCGUGUCUCAAUCUCCUUGCAAGAAACGAUCAAGGCUGAUGAGGACAAGGAAGCCAAUCUGAGCGGCCGUAUCCACAACAUGGUUGAUUAUUUCUGUUCUACGAUUAAAAGUACGGGCGAUGUUUCCAUCAAUGUGUCCAUGGAAUACGCAGCCCCAAAUUCCGACAGUGAGGAAAAAGGCGAUUUGAUUGAAAUUUCGAUGACUGCGUCCAAUGUUUCGGAAGAAAAACCGCAAAAAGGAAGCAAACGGCGAAAAAUUUGCCAAGAAACACCAAAUAAAGAAGAAUUGAAGGUUGAAGAUGAAGAUGACUCUGCAAAGAAAAGCAAGAAGCGUGGAUCGCUUGUUGUUGUUUCUCCUAAACAGAAAUCUACACCCUGGAAGGCACAGAAAAGUGAUACGUCCUCGGAGGAAAGUCUGAGUGAAGAUUCAACCGAAGAGUCUACAACCACAAAUUUUGAAAAAUUCCUAAAUGAGUCUUGCCAGAGUGACGAAGAGGAUGUUUCCUGGAAACCAAGUGCCGAUUCAACUUUCUCGGAACUAAGCACUGAAGGGACGUCCGAUUUAGAGUCGGAUGCCAGUGAUGAAGAACUGUUAAAGUCUUUCGAUGAAAAUAAGAACACUGAUGAGGAGAAACAGUCAAAGAAAACUAAGAAGCUCUUCUCCAUUAGCAACUACUUGUCGAAAACUUUACCCGGCGAACUUUUCGAGGACACAGAAGAUGAAAACGACGAAACUGGCGAAAAGAAAAAGUCACACACUAAAAAAUCCAAAAAAGGGAAUGAAGAUAAAACCGUGGAACAAAAAGUGCACGCUAAAAAAACCAAGAAGGAAAAAGUUUCUACGUUUACUGAAUCCAAGACUGGGAAAAAAUUAGUCCCAGAGGUGUCAGAAGUUGGAAAGAAAAGCAAGAAACGCAAACACCCAACACCUGAAAGUGAAGAAGUUCCAGUUAAAGCAAAAGUUGCUAAGAAGAACGAAGCAAAAUUACAAAAUGUUGUUUCCGUUGCUUUCAAACCGUCAACUGGAAAAUCAAAGAAAGUUAAAGCUGGUCGUAUUAAACCCUCAACUGGACUACAAUCUGGUUGGGAUGUGGAGGUUUUAGAAACUGUGCCCUUGUUACAUUGAGUUUUCAGUUUUGUAUGUUAAUCCAAUCAUGAUCUGUUUAAUCAAAGGCUGAUACAAUAUAAUUGUUUAUUUCUUUA